CACUUUGCGUCGGUAAACGAAGAGAAUCGAGUGCGUUGGUUUCGUGUUUUCUUUUGUCCCCCCCUCUCUCUCUCUCUCUCUAUCUGUGCAUAUGCAUGCCUUGUUUGUCCAUAUCCUCCUCGUCUCGUCCUUCUCUUUUAAGCCCACCACCCCCCUCCCCCUCUUCUCACGACCACUCUCUUCCAUCUCAUCACAGCAAAGAAGCACGAGAGCCUGCACCAAACCCCUCCCCUUUGAAUUCUGAUGGCUGUCGAUGCUAGCUCUGCGCAUCUCAAUCUCCUCGCCCUCCAUCACUUUCUCGGAAGCAGGGAGCUCUUGAACCCGGUCGACGCCAUCCCGGACGCUUACAACGCUGCCCCCAUUUCGGUUGCGGUGCCGCUGUCGGGAACCACCACGGUCACCGACUCCCUGCCCCUCCUGCAACCUCAUGGUUCUCUUCUCAGCGAUUCCCUCCCGCCCAAGGCCGUUAUGAAGCCGUCCGACAGCGGCCUCUCUUACAACCUACCGGCGGUAUCGAGGAAGCGAGGCAGGGACUCCAUCAAUCCCGUCCUCUCCUACGGGACGCCGUCUCCGGACCACAAGUCUCGCACUUGCUUCUCUUUUCUCGGGGAAGACUUGUCCCUGCAGAUGCAACAGCAGCAAUUGGACAUCGAUCGCCUCAUUUCUCACCAUAUGGAGAAGGUGAGGAUGGAGGUAGAGGACAGGAGGAAGAGGCAGGCGAGGAGGAUAGUUGGGAGGAUAGAGGAGGAGGUGGUGAAGAGGCUGAGGGCCAAGGAGGAGGAGAUCCAGAAGAUCGGGAAGCUCAACUGGGCGCUGGAGGAGCGAGUGAAGUCGCUGUGCGUGGAGAACCAGAUAUGGAGGGACCUCGCCCAGGCCAACGAGGCCACCGCCAACGUCCUCCGCACCAACCUUGAGCAGGUCCUGGCGCAGGUCAGCAGGGACGACCGCCCCCGCGGCGGGGCCUCCCUGGAGGAGGAGGCCGAUGACGCCGCGUCGUGCUGCGGGAGCAAUUGCGAAGGCGAGGAGGAGGAGGAGGAGAGCGGGAGGCGGGCGGCGGCGGCGGGGGAGGCGGAGGAGGAUAAGAGGAGAGGGCGGGCGAUGACGACGUGGUGCCGGAAGUGCGGGAAGGAGGAGGCGAGCGUGCUGCUGUUGCCGUGCCGGCACCUGUGCUUGUGCGCGGUGUGCGGGUCUUCUUCCCUCGAUAUUUGUCCCCUCUGUAACUCUCUUAAGUCCGGCAGCGUCCAUGUUAAUCUAUCCUAGAUCAUUUUUUCUUUUUUUUUUACUUUUCUUUUUUCUUCGAAAAAGCCAGGGAAAAAAAAAACUGAAGAAAUAUUUCCAGGAGUUAGAUAGAAAUCUCUCGGAUCAUAAUCUUUUUUUUUUUUUUUUGUGGUUCCGGUGGGUCUCGUGAUUUGAUUAAUUCUUUGGCAGAUAUA